AAUCGUAAGUUCGAGAAGUCGACCGCGACUGUGGUUGUUGCGCGCAGAAAGUAAAGAUGAAGUCUUUUUUUGUUGUGUUUUGGCUGUACUCUUUCGCAGUUCUUUCUUCACAGACUGUUCAAAAUAAGAUCAACGUCUGCAUCUCUAUUAAGUUCUUGACGACCGAUAAAAAUAACGAAACACCUCAAGCCCCUCUGCCCUUAAUCCUGACCGUAAACAAUGGCUCUACUGCGCAUGACAUCCUACAAGAAGCGAGAAAGAAGGACCCAGUCUCCUACUCCUUUAAGACAAAGUCUUAUUCUUUUGGYCGUAUGCUGGUAGCGAUUGGUGGCGUUGAACAUGACCCURAAAACAACAAAUUUUGGAUGAARUACACCGAUGAGUUCAGUCCAAACGGUACCUUGACGGUUACAGGCAUUGAUCACUUCAAACCGAAGCACGGYACUUGCGURAUCUUCAAAUAUGAGAARCUUGGUGUAUGAUUACACUAGAUGAGAUAKAUCAUGAAAUAAAGUAUUGAUUCACUUCAUUAUUUGUACAAAAUGAUAUUUUUUUUCCUUUUUCUAAUGGCAUUUUUUGGGAGAGGGUGYGCUGAUUUGAAAUCACAUCAAUAGCAAUAUCACCUAGGUAACUAAAGCCUCGAAUACCUUCUAUAACGAUCUGCCAAGAAUAAUAACAAAUAUUUCAAUUCAGUCUUUAUAUAACACAAUAGCUAGCAUGAAGAAUGUCAGUUUGAUAUGUCUGAAUAAAUGGAUCAAAAUGGCCAGCGGUAACACCCGAAACAAAAAAGAAAAACCAUGAUGUGUGUUGAUGAUAAAUAGCGAUGACUAAAUAUAAUAAUAAAAAUAAAAAAUAAAAAAAGUCCCACUAUUGGUCAAGCAUGGUUAUUUUUCUAUCAAGAGUUUUCAUUGGUUGUUUUUGUGAUAUUAGUUGGAAUUACAGAAAACAUCUCGAUCAUUCUGUGGUUUACCUGAAAUCCAUUGAAGUUAUUGAAGACUUUAGAACUGCUACAGUCAAAAUGGAAAUCAAAGUUGAGAUCAGGUUCUUAACAACCGAUGAAAACARCGAAACACAUCAAGACCCUUCGCCCUUAAAUUUGACCGUAAACAAUGGUUCUACUGCGCAUGACAUCCUAAAAGUAGCGAGCGAGGUGGAUCCAGUCUCCUAUUCCUUUGACACAAAGUAUUAUUCCGGUUUAGGCCAUAUGCUGAUAGCGAUUGCUGGUGUUGAACAAGUCCCGGAAACAAACAAAUAUUGGAUGAUAUACACCGCGGAUGAUAGCAACCCAACCGGUACCAGGACCAAUGUAGGUAUUGAUCUGUUCAAGCCAGAGCCUGGCACUAGCUUGAUCUUCAAGUUUGAGCAAAACCCUGUAUGCAAGGACUGAUGUUAAGUAUGAGAAAAUGUCAAGAAAAUACUCAAACACUAUUUACACGUGGUUUCCAAUCCACCUUUUCUUUCAUUUACUUAUUAUAAAAAUUACUUAUUWUAAAAAAACAUUCGCAUGGUAACUAAGCAAAAUACAGGCACUUUCAUUGGUCAAUAUUACUGGAUAGCCUUUACAUUUCUUUCUGGGCGUAAGCCAGUUUUAUUAUUAUUUCAUAAUAGACGCUCACUUUGACAAAAGUGAACUGGAUCUUGUUACGUGAAUGUAMGUGUGGCGUAAAACCWGUUUGGUAGGGUGUUAACUAACAACACCUUAGUACGCAGGCAGAGGAUAUUUAUAAGAAGUAUCUAAUAAUAAGUAUUCAUUAAUAGAGUCAUCUUUUUUAACUUAAUUUUAAAUCUCUAAAAUCAGUUAUCGAUAAAAGUAACUUCAMCAGAAGUUAAGUACCACUUUUCACUACAUGUUUUAAAAACUUCGUAACUAAACAUUUUGACAUUGAAAACAUCUUUUACAAACCGUAUUUGUUUAUCCAGUAAACAGAAGUUAUAAGUGAGUAUUACACCUUGUCCUAGACACMAAUGAGAAUGUUUGAUUACAUACUUUUACACUAGAAGAGAUACAUCAUGAAAUARAGUAUUAAUUCACUUCAUCGUU